UUUUUGUCAAAAUGGAGUUUGCGCUGCUCGGGUCGGACGACGAGGACGAGGCUUCCGGCUCACUUCGCCGCACUGAAUCAAGCGAACGCCCGUUCUCAUCGUCAGCGACGACUCGCCGCCAUGCCCGCGCGGGCUCAGCAGGCACCCACGCAACCGCCAUAGCACCAACAUCAUCCGUCCUGUCCGCAUCAUCAUCCGGAGCAGGAGCAGGAGCAGGAGCAGGAGCAGCAGGAGCAGCAGCAGCGGCGGGUUUGAAUCGGCGGUCGUUUCCAGUCAGCCAGCCGUUGGCGCAGUCGUCCUCGGUCGCCUCGGGUACGUCUGCCAGCAGCAGCAGCGGUCUUAUCAUGUCUGCUGGCCCAGGCACAGGCACGGGCACAGGCCCAGGCUCAGGCUCAGGCACGGCAAGCAGCAGCGGCGCAAAUUCGUCCCUGCUUGCGCCAGUCAGUCACUCUGCAACCACAUCCCCGCGCUCUUCGUUCGAUCUGCCAUCGUCAGGGUUCCAGCUGCCAACAAGUCUAGCCAAGAAACUCAAAAAGCACAAGGACAAGGACAAGGACAAGGAGAAGGAGAAGGAGAAGGACAAGGACAAGGACAAGGAAAAAGACAAGGACAAGGACAAGGAAAAGGACAAGGACAAGGACAAGGAGACCAAGGACGAGCCAUCGUCUGCGAAGGAGGCUCAUCCUGACGACGGGCAUCGCAACAAGGCUAGCAAAGCAAUCGAGCGGUUAGCUGCGGCAUCCGUGCUGAAAACAAAGUCUGCAACUCUGCAGCACGCUGCAAUCCGAAAGAAGGAUCCGAACAAACCCACCAAGAUUUUUGAGGUGCCACUCCCUGCGGUCGUCGAGCGCUCCACAGACCCUGACGACGAGUAUCACCUUCCAGCCCUCUGCCGAAAGUGCAUCAUGUACCUGGAAUUGACAGCCACUCAGCAACAGGGUAUCUUCCGCCUGUCUGGCUCUGCUUCCAGGAUAAAAGAUCUCAAGAAUUCAUUCGACAAAGGCGAAGACCCGAACUUGACAGGCGAAAGUGACCCUAAUGUCGUCGCUGGUUUGCUCAAGCUAUUUCUACGAGAGCUUCCGGAUCCUCUUGUUGAUAAGAACUUGCAGCCGUUGGUCACGGAGGCCUUGACCAACCCUGUCAUUGCAGAGAAAAUCGACGAAGUGAGAGCGCUCGUCGGCACCUUGCCGUUCACAAGCUACGUUUUGCUCGCCUGGCUGUGCAUUCAUUUGAUGCACAUUGCCGAGCAAGCAGAACUGACCAAGAUGAACCUGCCCAACCUGGCGAUCGUGUUCAGCCCGACGUUGCGCAUCUCGCAGGAGACCUGCCUGUUUUUGAUCGAACAUGCCGCGUCGCUGUUUAAGGAUUUCCGACGACCGUUCACCAAGUGUUUGGCAGAAGCUCGUCUCGAGAGCAUCGAUAAGAUUGACUCGAUCGCCGAGCUGCGCGCAAUUCAGGCAGAGCUCAUGCUGCAGCAAGAAGGCCUGGUAGCUGUCAACCGCUCGCUGCUCGUGUCCUACGAAGCCGAAAAGACGCGGCAACAUGGCCUCGAAACGGAGCUGCAGUACAUCCGCGCCGGUGAGAUUUCCGAGGACGCUUCUGAUGCAGGCUCAUCCUUGGACUCGUUUUCCGACGAUGGCGAGGCCGACGAUAUCGAGGCGCUUGAGGCACAGCUGGAAGCGCUGUCCAAACGUGCCGACGAGCUCGAGACUAGUAAUCAGAGUAUUUGCCGCGAGCUGCAUGCCGAGCGUUCCGAAGCUGUUCGAUUGCGCGCAAUACUAGAGAUGCAGUGAUUCGACUGCUCCAAGUUGCACUAUUUUAGACAAACAAAGGAAUCCCUCAGUCCA